GAAACAGUUCCGGAAUUUACUGAAAACAGAAAAUUAUAGAAAAGCAGUGAUAUAAAUCCAUAUCCUCCCUCAAGUCACUGUCUUCUCCGCCUCCACCCUUCUCUGAGUCGGUCGAGUUGAAUCGGUGAGUGAGUGAGUGAGUGAACGAGUUCAGCUAUGUCGGACGAGGAACAUCAUUUUGAAUCCAAGGGUGACGCAGGUGCUUCCAAAACCUACCCUCAACAAGCUGGCACCAUUCGCAAAAACGGUUACAUCGUCAUCAAGGGUCGUCCCUGCAAGGUUGUUGAAGUUUCGACUUCCAAAACUGGUAAGCAUGGUCAUGCCAAGUGCCACUUUGUUGGAAUUGAUAUCUUUACUGCCAAGAAGCUUGAAGAUAUUGUGCCCUCUUCCCACAACUGUGAUGUUCCCCAUGUGAAUCGUACUGACUACCAGUUGAUUGAUAUUUCUGAGGAUGGAUUUGUCAGCUUGCUUACUGAAAAUGGAAACACCAAGGAUGACCUCAGGCUUCCUACCGAUGACAGUCUGCUUACUCAGAUAAAGGAUGGAUUUGCUGAGGGUAAGGACCUGGUCGUGUCAGUUAUGUCUGCAAUGGGUGAGGAGCAGAUUUGUGCCCUGAAGGAUAUUGGACCAAAGAAUUAGCCUCUACUGCUGGUAGUUUGUUUUCAUUUAAGCAAAAAAGUUAUAUAUUUUUGUAUGAUUUUGUUAAACCCUUGUUAUGGAUUCUAGUCAGACUAGUUUUACCAACUAUGUUUAUGGAUGUGACAAACUGUUUAAUAUUUUUCUGUUUCCAUCAUGUC